UGUCAACCGGCUCAUUCUCUAGAUUCCUCAGUUUCCUUCAGUAUUCACGUAGUCACAGUAUAGUGCGGCUGUCUCAUUCCGACCUCCAACCACGUGAAACUCCUCUUCGAAUAUCUCGCGAUUUGUGUUUGAAACCGUCGUAAUUCAACGAGUCUUAGGAUCCAUGGUUAGCUAUUCGGCCGAACGUUGAAGUUGCAGGAUGGUGUUGGUGCUGAACGGGGUGUUGCAGGAGGAAUGCCCACCGGACACUCGAUCCCUUUAUCACGCUCAUCCCGUGUACAGGGAGACUGCCGCCCAAUUACUGGCCAUACCGAAUAAGGUCAUCGGCCCUGUGGGCUUGCUCUAUGUACAACAGAGGGAAUUUGCCGCCACUGUGCCACACGAUAAAAAUGUCAAUAUUUUGGGCUCGGAUGAUGUGACCACGUGUCUGAUCGUCGUCGUGAGACACUCAGGUUCCGGGGCCGUGGCCCUGGCCCAUCUGGACGGGUCCGGGACGGACGAGGCUGUCUGUACCAUGGUCCAGAGAGUCCAGGAAUUGGCUUUGGGGUAUCCCGAGGGCCGCAUUGAGCUCCAACUGAUCGGGGGAUUCACCGACCCGAGACACUACUCCGAAGAACUGUUCUAUAACGUGAUGACAUCGUUUCACAAGCACCCUGUAGAAAUCGACUUGACCCUCGCCUGCGUAGGCGAACUCAACACCACGAUCCGCGGGGGCAUCCACUGGCCGAUAAUCUACGGCAUAGGAGUGAACACAAAAACGGGGGAGAUUUUCCCGGCGACAUUCCCCGACAAGGGCCCCGAUCAGGCGUUGCGUUGUUCCCGUUACCUGACGGGAGUCUCACAAGUGUUAGACAUUUACGACUGCAACUUGGGGCUGCUUAGGAUCGGCCCUUUCAAUUACGAGCCCUUGCGAGGGGUGGACUUGUGGCUGGAGCAAAGCGACGACUUUAUUCUGCAACACUUAUCGACGUCGCCCGAUGUGGAGCCCCCACAUUUCGUCAUGCAGGUGAGGGCGACCCUCAAGUACAUACAGGAUAACCAGUUCCCGGCGGUGACCGUAUUUAGGGACAAUCGGCCCCACUAUUUCCGGAGAGAUGAGCAUUCUGGGAUUUGGACACCGGUGCGAUAUUGAGACGAGACAGAGAAUCUAGAUAUAUUUUUACAAAUUUAAAUAUAGUUCUAUUUUAAUCCCAGUAAUUAUUGCAAAUGAACUUUUUGUAUAUACUUAGAAUAUACGAGCAGUUUCGACGUGUUGAAACCUUUUUUUGAUGAUGCUUUUUCUAGUUAAUGUUUUAUAGAAUAUAUUUUUGUGAUUUAUCAAUUUGUUACUAUGCUGUAAUUGUUAGGUUUACUGCCAGUGGAUCGAAUAAAUUUAAGUUGAGAUAAUUUUUUGUUAAAAAUAAGACACUACAUAUUUAAGUUUUGUUAAUUGGGUUGUUGAAUAAUAAAUACUUAUUGCUAUUGCUUAACACA